AUGGAAUUUCCAGUUGCAGAUGUGGAUUGCGGCAAGAAGGGUUUGGAAAGGCGCAACGCCCGAAUUGUUGGGGGAGAAAACGCGUUCCAGGGGGAAUUCCCUUGGCUAGUAUCUGUCAAGCGGGGUAGAGGACACCUCUGUGGGGGAACCAUCGUCAACAGUCGCUGGGUCCUCACAGCAGCGCAUUGUCUCUGCAGUGGGUCUGAGGUGAUGAAGGCCAACAGUCUCCGGGUGGCAGUGGGAGCCCAUGAUCUGAGACGCGGACAGGACUUGGACCUGACUGUCUCCCAGAUGACGUUACAUCCUCGCUACAGCUGUGAUCGCUAUCACGAUGAUAUCGCCCUGCUGCAGUUGGAGUCACCCUUGGAUUGGUCCCCUGGAGUCAUGCCUGCCUGUUUCCCUAAGGGCACCACUCCCCCGCCCUCCUUCUCGGAUCUGGAGGCUGUCGUGGCCGGCUGGGGGUGGACGGAUGAGAACUACUCCAAAGGGUUCAGAUCAGAUGUGCUGCGCAAAGUGAAACUGUCAGUGGUGGACAACCAGAAGUGCCGAGAUUGGUAUCGUUCCCAGGGGAAGAAGCUGAAGAUUCUGGACACCCAGAUGUGCGCUGGGGUGGAGACUGGAGGCAAAGACGCUUGUCAAGCUGACAGUGGUGGUCCGCUGAUGGUGGGGGAGGGGAAGGACGUGCAGGUGGUGGGGGUGGUCUCAGCAGGUAUCGGCUGUGCCAGACCACGUCUCCCCGGACUAUACACCCGCAUAUCGCACUUCUUGGACUGGAUUACCGAGACCAUUAAGUCUUCAUAAGGAUAACGAAGAUGUAAUACAUUACCUAUGUUAAUUUUUAAACUGAAUUACCUGAAUGUAUAUA